UAUUUCGUCUAUGCAGCUGCUGAGGCGGUGCUGAAGAGAAGCGGACAAGUUCUCCACAUUUUCCGUUAAUUUGGACAAACAAGAACCUGCUGAGGAUCCGGUACCGCUCGGUUCACAGCCCAGUUCUUAUCUUCUAUCAGGUAAAACCGACAAGAUCUGAAGGUUACAGAAGAUGUUUAAAGCUAAGCCACAUUUUGAUCGUCCUUCACUCGCAAUGAAAGCUAAGAAGGCACCUAGCACGGCGAAGCUGCAGCAGGAGGCCAUCUCCUGCUCAAUCUGUCUGGAUCCACUGAUGAGUCCAGUAACUAUCGCCUGUGGACACAGCUACUGUAUGAGCUGCAUAAAUGUCCACUGGGAUAGAGAAGAUCGCUAUAAAGUCUAUAGCUGUCCUCAGUGCAGACAGAGCUUUACCCCAAGGCCCGUCCUGGUAAAAAGCACAGUGUUGGCUGAUUUAGUGGAGCAACUGCAGCUGAAGGAUAUUGGACUCAACAAGACUAUAGCUGAUCACUGCUAUGCUGGACCUGAAGAUGUGGCCUGUGAUGUCUGCACUGGGAGGAAGAUGAAAGCUGUCAAGUCCUGUUUAUCAUGUCCAGCUUCCUACUGUGAGACUCACCUCCAACCUCACUAUGAUGCUCCACCAUUAAAAAAGCACAAGCUGGUGAAUCCUUCCAAGAACCUCCAGGAGAACAUCUGCUAUCGUCAUGAUGAGGUGAUGAAGAUCUUCUGUCGCACUGAUCAGCAGAGUAUCUGUUAUCUCUGCACUAUGGAGGAACAUAAAGGCCAUGAAACGGUCCCAGCUGCAGCAGAAAGAGCUAAGAAACAGAAGAAGCUCCAGGAGAGUCGACAACAAAUCUAUCAGAGAAUCCAGGACCAAGAGAAAGAUGUGAAGCUGCUUCAACAAGAGGUGGAGGCCAUCAAUGUCUCUGCUGAUAAAGCAGUGGAGGACAGUGAGGAGAUUUUCUGUGAGCUGAUUGGUUUUCUCUGGAAAAGAAGCUCUGAGGUGAAGCAGCAGAUCAGAUCCCAGCAGGAAACUGAAGUGAGUCGAGUCAAAGAUGUUCAGGAGAAGCUGGAGCAGGAGAUCACUGAGCUGAAGAGGAAAGACGCUGAGCUGGAGCAGCUCUCACACACAGAGGAUCACAACCAGUUUCUCCUCAACUACCCCUCACUGCCAGCACUCAGUGAGUCUACACACUCAUCCAGCAUCAACAUCCAUCCUCUGAGACACUUUGAGGACGUGACAGCAGCUGUUGCCGAGCUCAGAGAUAAACUAAAGGACAUCCUGACUGAGGACUGCGGGACCAUCUCUUGCGUCAUCUCUGAUGUGGACGUUUUACUUGCUCGACCAGACGCAAUGAGCCGAGCUGAUUUCUUGAAGUUCUCAGUUUUUGUCUCUGAGGAUCCAAAUUCGAUGUAUAGAGACAUGCUACUCCCCGUGUGGUAUCACACAAAACGGUAUCUGAAGCAGAACCAGAGUUUUACUAGUCAUCCUGACAGGUUCACUUACUACUUUCAGGUUAUGAGCGAUAAGGGUCUGUUGGGUCGAAAUUACUGGGAGGUUGAUUGGAGAGGAAGUGGCGCUUGUGUUGCUGCAGCGUACAGAAGUGGUACAGUGGCCGAACACGCAUUUGGGUUCAACGACAAAUCCUGGGCAUUAAACUGCACUCCAACCGGCUACACAUUUUAUCACAACAGCAUUGAAACUCCAGUAUCGGGUCCAGUUUCCUCCAGAGUUGGAGUGUACCUGGAUCACAGAGCAGGCACUCUGGCUUUUUAUAGUGUCUCCGGUACCAUGACGCUCCUCUACAGAGUCCGGACCAUGUUCACUCAGGCCAUUUAUCCUGGACUGAGGCUCCAAAGGUCCAAAGGAGACACUGCUUCAUUUAUUAAGCCACAGUAAUAUUCUGGUGUUGCUUUGUGGGUAUUCUCUUUUUGGUUCAUUUUAGGUGGGAUCACCAGUUGUACUAGUAGUGCUGAAAACUUUGUGUUCAGUCUUUUUAGAAGAUUCAUAACCAACCUCAUGUAAAGUUUAACACUGAAGGUUAAGCAAUAAAGCUUAUUCACUUGAA